UAUUAAUUCCGGCCUGACGCGUUAACCAAUUACGCCACCACGACAUUGUGAUUUUUAAAGAAAAUAAAUAUCAUGAUAAAUUAAAAGAACAAGUCAAUAAUAAUUAAUAUAUAUCAUAAUAAAUAAUAAAAAGUAAAUAAAGUAAAAUGGGAAUUGAAGUUGGAAAUAAAGAUCAAGUUAUAUUUGCAACUGGUGGAUAUGAUCAUUCAAUAAAAAUAUGGCAAGCACAUACUGGUGUUUGUCAAAGUACAAUUCAACAUCCUGCAUCUCAAAUAAAUGCACUUGAAAUUGCACCAGAUAAACAUCUAAUUGCUGCUGCUGGUUAUCAAAAUAUUUUUAUGCAUGAUUUAGGAUCAUCAAAUCCAAAUUCUGUUCUUAAUUAUGAAGGUGUAUCAAAAAAUGUUACAAGUUUAGGCUUUCAGGAAGAUGGUAAAUGGAUGUACACUGGUAGUGAAGAUUGUUCAGCAAGAAUAUGGGAUUUACGAGCAAGUUCAUUUCAAUGUCAAAGAAUAUUUCAAGUAUCAGCACCAGUUAAUUGUGUAUCACUUCAUCCAAAUCAAUCAGAAUUAAUUGUUGGUGAUCAAAGUGGUAUUGUUCAUCUUUGGGAUUUACGAUCUGAUCACAAUGAACAAUUGAUACCUGAAGCUGAGGCAUCAAUUCAAGAUAUAUCAAUUGAUUCAGAUGGUACAUAUAUGGCUGCUGUUAAUAAUAAAGGUCAUUGUUAUGUUUGGUCAUUAACUGGUGGUGUUACUGAUGAACCAACAAAAUUAACACCAAGACAUAGAAUAAUUGCACAUAAAAAUUAUGCACUUCGUUGUAAAUUUAGUCCAGAUUCAACAUUAUUAGUUACUACAUCAGCUGAUCAAACAGCAAGAAUUUGGAGAACAACUGAUUUUUCAGAUGUACAAAUUUUACAACAUGAACCAAAACGUUGGGUAUGGGAUGCUGCAUUUAGUGCUGAUUCACAAUAUAUAUUUACUGCUUCUUCUGAUGGUGUUGCACGUUUAUGGAAUGUUGCUAAUGGUCAUGUUGAACGUGAAUAUCAAGGACAUACAAAAGCAAUAACUGCAUUGGCAUUUAGAGAUCAAUUAAUAUCAACAAAUUAAUUAUAUAUUUAUUUAUUAUUUUUAAAUAGGUGUAAGAAUAUUUAUAGGUUUUUUAUUUCUCCUUUUUUUUUUUUUGUUACUCAAACAACAUGUGUAUAUUUUUUUUCAAUUAAAUAUAUAUCAAUUUAUGAUACAAUAAUUUUUUAAAGUUACUUAAGUUUUUUUUUUACAUCACAAAUAAGUAAAUAAUGCUUUUUUUAAAUAUCGAAAUAUAUUUAAGGAUAUAUUUCUUUUUUUUUUUUCGUUUAAUUUAUUAUAUAUAUUAAAUACAAUUUUUUUAAAAUGUAAUUUUAAAAAUACUCAGAAAUGACUAUAAUAUUUAUUAAAAAAUAUUUUUUUCAAACAUAAAAAGAAAAAGUUUUAAGAAAUUUUAAUAGAUAUAUUUUUUUUUUUAAUUCGAGACUUAAAAAACAAUGAUU